UAAAUUGCAAUUUACUUCAAAUUGUACAAUUUUGUUUAACACGAUCUCUGUCUCGAUGUGGUUCCACAAUAUUUUUCAGGUGGCCUGUCAAGAUAACAGAACAAAGACGAGAGAGAAACAUCUAGAGCAAGCAUGUCAAAAGAGGUGGGAAAAGCAUCCGUGUUCCGUACCACCAAAGUGCGGACCAGGCUGAGGGAUGACAGCAGCUGGCUGCAGCAGCGCCAAGAAGCUCAGCCUGAAACCGAAGAAGAGAAACCAUGGUUAGCAGAAGUAAGGGCCAGAUGUUUGAAUGGAGACACUGUUGAGACCAGUCCAGUGUCGUCACCAACAACAUCCACUCCGCCACCCACCAAGUCUGACGGCGAAAGAUCACCAGCAGCAGGGUACCUGAUCAGAGGCGUUUUCACUAAACUAGACAAGCCUGCUACACCCGUAACAACUAAUGGCGUUAGUGUUACGACGACACAAUUCACCAAAAAACCUUCAGAGAGCUACAAGAAAAUAGCCCCGCACACUGUGAGGCCCACUCAAGAGAACCUGGAGGACCAGCUUAGCAACGAGGAGCUGCAGAAACGGACGGAGGCAGCCAGCAAUGUGCUGAAGAAAUCUGCAGUCAAGCAACGGUCUUUUGUGCUCUCUGCUGCUAAGAAAUUUGAGUCUCAAGAUACGCCGUCUGACACCUCAUUGGUCAACAGCAGUCCAUCAUUUGUGGCUAAAAGGGUGGAGAUAUCUGAUGAUGAUGAGAACACUGCUACUCCAGCACCUGCCAGCACCACACCCCCCUCCCCUGUCGUCCCCGUCACAUCUGCUGCCUCCCCGCCUGAGCCCAAAGCACAGAAAAUAGUCGACACCAACAUUAAGACAGCUGUUGAUGCAGCUAUUAAUAAGCCGGUGGCACCAAAGGUGGAGAAGGCCGCCCCAGAGCCUGUGAAGAAAGACCCCCCUCCAGUGUCUGUUGCAGUGAAAGACCCGUUUCUGAAAGACGUUUCUGGGCUGGUUGACACACCUCUGGUUAAACUUACCCCAGCAUCACCAACCCCAAUAUCACCUACUCCAGCAUCCCCUGCCCCGGCCUCAACCGUCCCACUUUCACCUGCCCCAGUGGCUGCUGUAACAGGGAUCACAGUGAAGGCUGAACCAGAAAUAGCACCAACACUGUCUCCAAAGCCACGAGUCGACACCAACAUUAAGACAGCUGUUGAUGCAGCUAUUAAUAAGCCGGUGGCACCAAAGGUGGAGAAGGCCGCCCCAGAGCCUGUGAAGAAAGACCCCCCUCCAGUGUCUGUCGCAGUGAAAGACCCGUUUCUGAAAGACGUUUCUGGGCUGGUUGACACACCUCUGGUUAAACUUUCCCCAGCAUCACCAACCCCAAUAUCACCUACUCCAGCAUCCCCUGCCCCGGCCUCAACCGUCCCACUUUCACCUGCCCCAGUGGCUGCUGUAACAGGGAUCACAGUGAAGGCUGAACCAGAAAUAGCACCAACACUGUCUCCAAAGCCACGAGUCGACACCAGCGUUAAGACAGCUGUUGAUGCAGCUAUUAAUAAGCCGGUGGCACCAAAGGUGGAGAAGGCCGCCCCAGAGCCUGUGAAGAAAGACCCCCCUCCAGUGUCUGUCGCAGUGAAAGACCCGUUUCUGAAAGACGUUUCUGGGCUGGUUGACACACCUCUGGUUAAACUUACCCCAGCAUCACCAACCCCAAUAUCACCUACUCCAGCAUCCCCUGCCCCGGCCUCAACCGUCCCACUUUCACCUGCCCCAGUGGCUGCUGUAACAGGGAUCACAGUGAAGGCUGAACCAGAAAUAGCACCAACACUGUCUCCAAAGCCACGAGUCGACACCAACAUUAAGACAGCUGUUGAUGCAGCUAUUAAUAAGCCGGUGGCACCAAAGGUGGAGAAGGCCAGCUCCAAUGUUGACACGCUCACCACCUUGUCCGAUACUCUCAUUUCUUUUGGCAUAAGUUCAACCAGCUUUAAGGAUGAUGAGCCAGUGCUGGCAAAGAAAAAAGAAGGCUCAGCGGACAGUUGCACCACAAAGGACAGUGUUAAAAAGGAGCCAGCUCCAGAGCUCAGCAACUGUAAAGCAAUGGCAGUUGAUCUCCUGGCUCUCGCUGAUGGUCCAGAGAAGUCAGCCAAGCCUGUUCCCCCCAGCCCAGGACGCUGGAGUCAGGAUCUGCUUGGCGGACUAGACAGUAAGUCAACCCCAGCAAAGACCAGCAGCAGCCUGGAUCUCCUGGCUUAUGACGUCAGUCCAAUCAAAACAGAGGCACGCAGCUCCACAGAGACAGUGACUAUAACCACCAAAACUGUGAUCAUUACUGACAAAAGCUCGGCUGAUCCGUUUGAUCCAUAUCCGAUAGGGACCACAUCCUCUAACAGCUCCUCUGACCUGCUCAAGCCUCUCGCUGAUAUUUCCAUCAACAGUGUGUCACCUACUUACGUGAAGAACAAAGAUCCAAGUCCAAAAACAAAUAUUAGCAGUAAUGCGUUGGAAUCCCUCGCAGACAACGUCAUCCCUAUCAGCACUGACUCCACAAGGCCUAGCUCUCAGCGGUCAUGGGCACGCACAUGGGAAACCAGCACACCUCAGCAGGCAAACAAAGAAGAGAGCGAAGAAGAUGUACCAGGAAACCAAACUGUAGAUCAACAUACGAUAAUCACAUUUGAGAGAAAGUCCAAGGAGAAGGACUCCCCUUGGGACAGGUGGACAUCACCCACUGUCUAUACUGUCACUAACAUUACAGGAGAGGAAGAGGAAGAGGAGGAGGAGGAGGAGGAGGAAAGCCCCGUGGAUACACAGACAGAGACAGUGACAACCAUCACCACUAUCAGGGAGAUACACAGUAAUCCACAGCCUGCUAUGGAUCGUUAUGAAACCUAUUCCAGGACCGUGAUAGAAGAAGACCAGCGUGUCCAAACACCAGAACCCGAGGCCAAAAAGGGGUUUGUGUACGUGAAGGAGUAUGUCAAUGCAACAGAGCUGUCCUUGCAUAAUGCCAGAGACGCCAUUGAUGGUAUGUCAGAUUAUUUGACAUCAAGCUUUGCCAGUUCCUCCUACAGCAGCCCUUCCUUUUACUCCAGUGGCACGCUGUCAUCCGCCUGUACCUUCUGCGGAGAGCCAGUGGACGGUGAUGCCAAGAUCACCAUCGAGCACCUCAAUAUCAACUGUCACCCCACCUGCUUCAAGUGCGGUGUGUGUAGUAAGCCAAUGGGAGACCUUCUCGACAGUAUGUUCCUACAUGGUGGGAAAGUCCACUGCGAGCCCUGUUACAGCAAAGCCUUGGACUGAUUAUCGAAGCUGUUCAGCAGCCUCUUAUCCUCAGCUCCUUCCCUUCAUGUUCAUUUGCAUAUAAAUUGAGAACCGACAAAGUUUGGACUGUGUUUGGUUUGAACUCAAGAAUGACGUGGUUUAGGGUGAUCAAAAAGACAGUUAUAGUGAGCAAUAUGGCUACUUAAUGUUGAUUCUUACAUUAGGUUAAAUUUCUAUGUUAUACAAGCAUGUGUUGUUUUUUUCCUGGUGGUGAAAGCUAUAUCUGCCUCAGUAAACUAUGAAGGAUAUGUCUGUACAACAUGAUGUGUUACAUACAGACUAAUACUGGCAAGUGGGGAGUUAUAUUUUAGCAACAGCGGUUAUGCAAGAAAAUGACUUUAUUACAAAAUGUUUACUUCUUUUGCUCUUCAUGAUACAAAAUAGUGUGUUCACAUGUAUGAUGCUUUGUUAAAAAAAUUAAAAUGACUUAUAGAAUCCUGGUAUAAAUAUGUUAUGUAAAACGUUGUGCCAGCAGACACAACACUGUCAGAGUCUCAAGCAGUUACACAUUUUAGAAAAGCAUGAUUAAAAAAAUAUUGCACAUAAACCUGUUU